CGGGCCUCCCGUCCGGGAAGUUGCUGUGUGCCGGGAGGCAGCUCCCGGACCUGCUCCCUGCGGUUCAGUCCGCGCCCGCAGCUCUCCCAGAGGUGCCAGCUGGGGCUCCUCUCUGUUUCAGAGCUUGAAGCAGGGCGAAAUACUUCAUCGUGAGACCAGCAGGGCAACAACAAGCAAAAUGACCGCUGUGAGGUAUGAACAAGGGACCCAGCCAAGAGAAUCAUCUGGCUAUCCAACAGCUGAAGAGGCCACAGUAAAGAUUGAUAAUGGUCGUGAUGAGCAUAAUGGACCAGACAGCUUUUCCAAUGCAACUAGGAGAAAAGUUGCCCCGUUUGUGAUGUCAUUUGGAUUCAGAGUCUUUGGAGUUGUACUUAUCUUUGUGGACAUUAUAAUUGUGAUUCUGGAUCUGGCUAUCAGUGAGACAAAGAAGGGUACAGAGAUUCCUGAGUUUGUUUCCCUGGCAAUAGCACUCUUCUUUCUCAUCGAUGUUCUCCUGAGGGUGUUUGUUGAAGGCUUCAGCAACUAUUUCCAGUCCAGACUGAAUACUUUGGAUGCAUGUAUAGUGGUGGGCACUCUGUUAAUAAAUUUGACGUACGCCUUCUUAGACCUUAAUGUAGCAGAGGAGAUACCAAGAAUGGUUAUUUUCCUCCGAAUUCUGAGAAUUGUCAUCUUGGUCAGAGUAUUUCUCCUGGCUUCACAAAAGCAGCAUCUGGAAAUGGUGACCAGGAGAAUGGUCUCUGAAAACAAAAGACGUUAUAUGAAAGAUGGCUUUGAUCUGGAUCUCACUUAUAUUACUGAUCGAAUUAUUGCAAUGUCAUUUCCAUCUUCUGGGAAGCAGUCUUUCUACAGGAAUCCCAUAAAGGAAGUUGCAAGAUUUUUGGACACCAAACAUCCAAACCACUAUAAAGUCUACAAUCUCUGCAGUGAGAAAGGCUAUGACCCCAAGUACUUUCACUACAGGGUGGAAAGGAUCUUCAUUGAUGACCAUAACGUCCCAACACUGCAGGACAUGCUGAAAUUCACUGCCAGUGUCCGUGAAUGGAUGAGUCAAGAUGAGAAGAACAUCAUAGUAAUUCACUGUAAAGGAGGAAAAGGCAGAACUGGGACCAUGGUCUGUACCUGGCUCAUAGACAGUGACCAGUUUGAGAGCGCAAAGGAAAGUUUGGACUACUUUGGGGAGAGAAGAACUGAUAGAAGCACAAGUACCAAGUUUCAAGGAGUUGAAACUCCCUCACAGAGUAGGUAUGUUGGGUAUUAUGAGAUCCUGAAAAACAAGUAUAACUUGAAGCUCCCACCAGAGAGACAACUCAAAAUAAAAAACCUCAAAAUCCACAAUGUACAUGGAAUUGGGAAAGGCAAUGGAACUGAUUUGAAGGUGCAGAUAAUAAUAAGGAAGCAAGUUGUACUACAGUGUGUAUGUGCCAAUCAAAAAAACUGCAAGCUCUUCUUUGAUUCUGAAAGUGACUCUGUAGUCAUUGGCUUGGAAGACUGCCCUGUCCUAAGUGGUGAUGUGAAAGUCAGAUUUGAAUGUAAUUCUGCUCUCCCAAAAGGCUAUGAUGACUGCCCGUUCUUUUUCUGGUUCAACACUUCCUUUAUUGAAAAUAACAGCAAACAGGAGCUGUUCAGCACAAGCAGCGUGCUUUUUAAAGACAAAGAUACAUCUGUUGCUUCCAAAGAGAGCACACCUGAAGGGACAUCAAAGAGGCAGGAGGAUGGAGCAGGAACACCAAAGCAGCAGCUGUUAGACAUUAUUGGUAAUAUGAAAGUGGAAGUGAGCUACAGGAAGAAACUCCAACAACUAAAAGCCAGUGAGAGCAAGAAGGAAGCCAUGAACGAGCUGGAAGUCCUGGACAGUGAAGGUUCUGUGCCUCAGGGAAUUACAGAAGACACCCAACGAGGCAAGCCUUUAAAUCCGGAACUGGUGAAGGCUGCUUCUGCAGUUGCAUCUUCCCUUCCACACAACAAGAAGCAGACGGUAUCAGAACUCCUUGCACAACUAAGAAGGCAUGAAGAAACCACAGAUAAACAGAAGAAGGGGGGAACUGUUAACAUACGCAAUGUUAUUUCAGAAAUGACAGUUAAAAGGCAGUCCUCAGCCCAGAGGGGUGCGAGGAUAUCCGGACGCAUUUCCUUGGAGUUGGAUGAGGAUGGUCAAAGAAUAAGGCCUGCCAGAUCCUCAGCUCAGUCUGUGGACUCCAGAAGAAGUCUCAAAGUAGGAAAGAGGCUUAAUAUAUUCACUAAAGCUUCUACAGAACCAGAGCACGCACUGAAAACAGUAUCUUCACCAACAAUUUGGGAUCUGGAGUUUGCAAAGGAGGUUGCAGCAGUAACUGCACAGCCUCCCCGAAACGGUUUUGAGGAGAUGAUCCAGUGGACAAAAGAAGGAAUACUGUGGGAGUUCCCAAUUGACAAUGAAGUUGGGAUGGAGGAUGAUGCUGAAUUUCAUGAACAUAUCUUUCUGGAGAAACACCUCGAAGGCUUUCCCAAGGAAGGACCCAUCCGCCACUUCAUGGAACUAGUCAUCUGUGGGCUCUCGAAAAACCCAUACCUCAGUGUUAAGCAGAAGGUUGAACAUAUUGAGUGGUUUCAGAAGUAUUUUGAGGAAAAGAAGGAACUUCUUCAAGAGAUUUGAGAUUUGGGAAAGUGCUUACCCUUGAAAUGAAGAAUCGUUAUGUCGAGGGGGAUGAUUUCUUAUGGAUGGAAAUACUGUCAGUAGAUAGUGAUCAUGUGGCCUGAAAGUUGUAUUUUAAACAAUAAACUGAAAGAUCAUCUUUUCUUA